AAGCUCACUCAAAACUAUAUAUAUCAUUCAAAAAUAGCCACAAAUCACUUGAAUGCGGGCUGCAAAAACAAUUUUGAUGUCUUGCAGCAAUCAUUUGUUUCGCAUUUAUUUAUCAUCAAAGCAUCCUCUGUGCAACCUUUGACCCCUCUUGUGUCUAAAUCAAAAUCAAUUAGGCGAGCUUGGUAGCAGUGCUGCUUUCAGAAGGGCGAUAAGUGCGCUUAUUUGGUUAAACACUCUCCAGCAGUCGGGUUAUUCAGUUCACACCCAACCUCUGGUUAGGAAACAAACAGCGCUUCUCUUUGCGUAGGAAAAAUGAGCGAGGUACUCAAGCCUGGUCAGCAAAUUCGCCCAAAUCUCAGCGUGGAGGAGGCACGAGAUCUGGUUGAAAAGUUGUAUGGAGUAAAAGUGGAGUCGAUAAAGGAGUUAGACGCUUAUGACGACAAAAAUUACCAUAUUCUCCUUAAAGAUGAAGCUCCACAAGGAAAUUUGCUGUCAAUUUGGCCUCAUGGCUAUGUGUUCAAAAUCCUCAACUCCAUGGAUUCCAAAAAAGUGUCUUACGUGGAGGCGCAGAACAAAAUGAUGCUGCAUUUGACAACAAAGAACAUCAGAUGCACCCAGCCAAUGCCAAACCUCAACGAGCAACUCUUAUCUGUAGAGGAAAUCAAUGGCGCUCACCACAUAGUGCGGCUCCUCCAAUUUGAACCUGGAAAAAUCCUGUAUGACAUCAAGAUAGACUCCGAGCUGUGCAUCCAGACAGGCAGCUUUCUGGCUGAAAUCAACACAGCCCUGGAAGACUUCCAAAACGCCGCCUACGAGAACCAUUCCACCAUCUGGGCUCUAGACUCGACUCCAAAGUUGGUGGACUUCCUUUUUGCAGUCACUGAUGAAGACAAGAAAAAAUUGGUUGCCGAUGUGAUUGCUGCUUUUAAUGACAGAGUCAUGCCUCUCAUCGAAACUCUUCCUAAAGGAAUGAUCCAUGGCGACUACAAUGAGCACAACAUUCUCGUGCGCAAGCAUUCAGAACAGUGGGUGUCGGACGGAUUGCUUGAUUUUGGCGACUCCCAGUACAACUGCUACCUUUUCGAGGUCGCCCUGGCCGCGUGCUACAUGAUGCUGCAGGCAAAAGAGAGCCUCACCCCCGUUCACGCAGGCACCCUUGUGGUGGCUGGGUACCACAAGCUGAGGCCACUGAGUGCCACUGAACUAGGUCUCAUGAGGGUUUGCAUCUGUGCCCGUUUGUGUCAGAGCUUGGUAAUGGGCCUCUAUUCGCACGCGCAGGAUCCAACCAACACCUACGUUCUGCAGACGGCAAAAUCAGGGUCUGGAUGGACCGUUUUGGAGAAAACAUGGCAAAUUUCAGAUGAAGAAUUCGCAAAAUCUCUGGAUCAGGCUUUUGAUGAAACAAAGCAAUAGAAGAAAACCAAUAAAGCUUGAAAAACUGUGGCAAUAAAUAUGUGAGUUGUACUGAGCAUUUAAAAACAAAUCGAUUAAAAUUUCGCGCUAUUUACAUUUGAAGUGUUAUCUUUAAUAAUAACUUGUGGAAUUUCUAGACA